UUAAUAGAAAGUAUGGAAAUGGAUACAGAUAUUCGCCCAACACAAGAAGAUGUAGCCAAAAAAUUUGGUUGGGAGGAUGAAUAUAAUAACGGAAAAUUAAAUUUGUGGCAAAAGGUCAAACCAAAAUUGUGGUCGCUGUUUGAAGAGCCGUGGACAUCGCGUGGGGCGAGGAUAAUUUCAAUAAUUUCAAUUUCCUGUAUUGUUUUGUCUAUUUUAUGUUUUUGUUUAAAAACUAAUUCUGGAAUACGUCAAGUUGGAAAUUUUCCUGCUUCGGAAUAUGUUUAUUUUAAUAAUAAUAGUGUUUUGAUUAAAAGUAUGAGGCGGCAAAAUAUUAAUUUGCCAAGAAGCCCAACAACAACAACAACUUCCUUCAUUAUUCAAUUCUUCUAUCUAGAAUUGGCUUGUAAUUUAUGGUUUACCUUUGAAUUUAUUGCCAGGCUUCUUUUCGCCCCCAGCCGUUCCAGAUUUAUCAAAAACCCUUUAAAUCUGAUAGAUUUAUUCGCAACAACCUCGUUUUAUAUCGACUGGAUUUUAACAAACAAUUUUUUAAAUAAUAAUGAUUCUUUGGAGUGUUUGAAUAUUAUGAGGGUUUUGAGGCUUUUUAAAUUGGCACAACACUCUUCUGGAUUGAAAAUACUUAUACAGACAUUCAAGGCGUCAGCGAGGGUGUGGAAAAAUAAUUUUUUAUUCUUUAAGUGUUUUUGAUUUACAUUUCCCUAUUUUAAUUGCCUUGGCCUUGGGAGGGGAAGGUUAAAGGGCUUGAAGAGGAGGGUGAUAACCUUGGGAGUGGAAGGUGAUAGGACUUGGAGGUGAAGGUGAUAAGGGACCUUGGGAGGUGGGAGGUGAAAGGACUUGGAGGUGAAGGUGAUAGGGGACCUUAGGAGUGGAAGGUGAUAGGACUUGGAGGUGAAGGUGAUAGUGGACCUUGGGAGGGAAAGGUGAUAGAACUUUACAAGAAGUAUAGUGUGUACAUAGCUCUUAUCACGUAUGUGAUUUACCGGCUAACAGGGGAUGCUUUCAUCUUGGGAGAGG